AUGCUUGACAUUUGGUCAUGGAUAUCCGACCUCCCCAAUUCGGCCGAGUGGGCCGAGUCAGACUCACCACAUACUUUUGAACUCGCUAGCUCCGGAGCGAGUUACGACAGCAACCCAACUCGGUCGAUCCAACUCCAUGCAGAGCGCACCACAGGCUCCAACAUCGACACUCUAGUGACUUUCUCAGUAUGCUUGCACGGCUUCAACAACCAGUACCAUCCUAAAAAGACGAUUUGGGUUUCUGACACGUGUUCACUCUCCUCAGACAAACCCUACCUCCCCCUGUUGCUCCAGCUCCUCCGAGAAAUCAUAUCCCGCUCCCCCACCGCUCACGACAGCACCUGCCCUCGCUCCCAGCUCCAGACUCUCAAACCCGACCCAUUUUCCUGGAUCAUGGACUCCCACUCCCCCGAGUCCUUCUCCACCUUCUUCGACCUCGUCUUCGUCACGCGCCUCUUCUGGCUCUGCGCGUGCGACUCGCCGACCGAAGUCGGCUCUCUGUACUUCAAAUCCUUGCUGGCUCCCAACCUCGAAGCCUUACUGUGCAAGCAAGCGCCGGCUCUCCGGACGUUUCUGAUCACCGUCGGCUUGGACGCAGAGCUCUGCUUCAUGCGCACCGUUGGGUACAUGUUAGCAAAGUGGUGCAUUUUAAGAGAGGUGGGUGUAGGCUUGCAGACGCUGACGUCAUCGCCGUCGCAGAACUUGGGGUUCUCUUACGCGACGGAAGCUUGCGGGUUUUGGGUGCUCAAGGCUUACGCGCCGGUGAUGGGGAUGAGAACCACACGCUCCGUCAACUUGAACCAGAAAAAUCAGUUUCCGGCUUUGGAAACUAGAGACUCGGUGCUAAAAUACGCCUUGGCGCACCAGCAGCUGGAGGCGGUUGUUCAGGUGGAAUAUUCGGUGGGGUUUUACGACGGGUUUAUUCAGGUGACUGCACGUGUCGACAACCUGCGCUUCCACGUGGUGAACCUCGGAUUCAACAAAAACGAUGACGUGGACUACGCGGAGGAGAAGUAUUUCCCGUCGAGAGUCCGGGUCUGGGUCGGGCCAGAAGUCGGGGCGAAUUACGUGAAUGGGUUGAGUUUGGGCCGGUCCACUGAUAACGGAGAGAGAGAAGUCAAAACGCAGAGGAUUACGAAGGGCAGUUUCGCAAAAUCAAAGGUUCCGAAAGUGCAAAGCGCGGCGAGGGUGUCGACGAGGAUGAGGAAGAGGAACUGGAGGUGGGACCAGGACGCUGAGGGAAACGCGGCCGUAUUCGAUGCGGUGCUGUGCGACAACAUGACGGGUCAUGAGGUGGCCACGUGGAACCCGGCUAUUGGGGAGCAGAGCGACGGUUUGCGACAGCGAUACACUGGAGCAAAUAGGCCGUUUACUAAAAAGGGGAGUUUGGUGUUGAGUGGGGAUGAGUAUGGGGAUGGGGUUGGGUGGAGACUGAACAGAGAGAUGGAAGGGAGUGUGCUCAAGUGGAGAAUAGGAGGGAAAGUUUGGUUGAGCUAUUGGCCCAAUGAGGUGAACAGUUCAUAUUUUGAGACAAGGUGUGUGGAGUGGUGUGAUGAGGUUGAUUUGCCUUUGAUUAUUGGUAAAUUGAGUGUAUGA